AUGAUUAACAUCGAAUGUGAUGUUGAAGCGCAUUUUGAAGGCAGUAUGGUCUUUGUGCAGGAUCGACGCGGCUCAUUGAGACCGCCAAGGUAUACUGGGCACAUCAGAGAAGUGGUACUGGUAUUUCAAAUCAUGGCUCAAAAAAUGCCUCAAAUGUGA